AUGUCAAUGAGAGUCCUAGCACCACUACAUCCACUCGUGAUCCUUGUACCAUUGCUUACAAUGAUUUUCAUUGGAACGUGUUUCCUCACUCCUGCAUGUUUCAUUCGCGAAUAUUUGUCUGUUUAUGAGUUACGAUGGCAAUGUUUGGCUUGGAAGACAUCACGAAAGUCAUUGUCGGAGAUAUGUUUUGGUGUUAUUUGGUUGAUAGCUUAUUUAUGUUGGGCUUAUCAGCAUGUUAAGAUACCUAAGUUUAAUGCUGAUGACGAUGUAUUUGAUACAAUCACGACUGUGUUGAAUGGAUUGAUGAUCGAACAGUCAUUGGUAGUAUAUCGGGUCUCACUCAGUAAAAAGAAAAUGGAUGGCGAUAAUCGAUCAUCGGAGGGAGCAGAAGUUGAUGUCGGCGACCUUCGAGUAACCAAUGAUGAAAGUGAUAAGACUAUGACGUUAUAUAUUUGUGCAACUAUGUGGCACGAAACACGAAUCGAAAUGAUGCAAAUGCUGAAAUCUAUCAUAAAACUUGACAAAGAACAUUCAAUUACGUUGAUCGAAAGACGACACUGGGAUGAUAUCAAAUAUAGAUUGGAAGCACAUAUCUUCUUUGACGAUGUUUGGGAAGAUCAGAUGGAAUGUGGUCGUGCUCCGAAUGGCUUUUUUCAAACUUUUUUUCAUCUCUUAUUGGAACUAACACAAAAUGAAACUACUGGUGAGAAAAGUGUUGCGACUGAUCGUGUACUCGUUAAUACUGCUUAUGGUGGAAGGUUGGUAGUGCGUCUACCAGCAGGUACAUUACUGUUUGUCCAUCUGAAGGAUAAGCAACUUGUUCGUCAUAAAAAACGUUGGUCACAGGUAAUGUAUCUGUAUUACCUGCUUGGUCACCGAAUUAUGGAUUCUCACAUGAGCAUAGAGGAUCGUCAACUUGAAGCGGACAAUACAUACAUUUUGGCUAUUGAUGGUGAUUCCAAGUUUGAACCAUCAGCGGUGAUGAAGUUGUUAAGAUUGAUGAAUAUGAAGAAUGAGAUCGGUUGUGCAUGUGGACGGAUCCAUCCUAUUGGCGAAGGCAUAAUGAUAUGGUAUCAAAAGUUCGAGUAUGCUAUUUCCCAUUGGUUCCAAAAAGCUACAGAACAUGUGUUCGGAUGUGUGCUUUGCGCUCCCGGUUGCUUCUCUCUAUUUCGUGCAUCUGCUUUGAUGGAUGAUAACGUUAUGCACAAAUAUACUAAGACUGCCUCCGAGCCACGUCAUUUUGUGCAGUAUGACCAGGGUGAAGAUCGCUGGCUAUCAACAUUGCUUUUAAAACAAGGCUAUCGAAUUGAGUAUGCCGCCGUUGCAGACGCAGAAACGUAUGCACCUGAAGGUUUUCAUGAAUUUUUCAAUCAACGACGUCGAUGGACUCCUUCUUCUAUAGCAAAUACGGUCGAUUUACUUGCCGACUAUAAACAUGUAUGUCAAACCAAUAACAGCAUAUCCAAAAUGUAUAUCAUUUAUCAGUCAAUGAUGAUUGGCUUCAGUCUCCUGUCUCCUAGUAUCGUAUUCACUAUGCUUGUCUAUGCUCAGGUUGCCACAUUUGAGGUGGAAUCGGACAAAAUGUUGCUAUACAACUCUUUACCUGUCUUCAUUUUCAUUGUGCUCUGUUUCAUUGCCGAUUCGAAUUAUCAGAUAAUUUUUGCCAAAUUUAUUUCUGUUAUGUAUGGCUUUGUGAUGCUUGCUGUUGCAGUUGCUACAACCAACCAAAUAAUCCUUGAAACCGCACUCUCUCCAACUCCAAUCUUCGUGCUCUGUAUGAUAGGUAUAUUUGUUCUGGCCGCAGUUUUACAUCCACAAGAAUUCCACAACAUCUUCUACGGACUAAUAUUCUUCCUGAUGAUACCAUGCACAUACAUCUUCAUGUCACUUUAUGCACUCAUCAAUUUGAAUAUUAUAAAUUGGGGCACACGAGAAGCUGCGUUUACUACAGCCGGUACUCACGCGAGCGAUACCGGAUUCCGUGAUUUAUUGCGACGGUUAGGUCUUUACAAAAUCAUCGAUUUUGUGAGAUCACCACCAUCGUGGAAUUCCACUAUUACUACCACUGCUAUUACUGCCACCGCUGCUGCUGUUGAAGUACAAGAAAUUAAAAGAAAAGUUGCUAGCAUGGAAACGGAACUUCAGGAACUUAAGGAGCGAAAUAAUUCCUCUUCUGUUCAUUUUGAUACAACAACAACGGGGCAUGCGCAUCUUCAUUUCCUCUCAGCACCACAGGUUCUACUGGAUAAUCAAAAGGAACAAGAUAAGGACCUUCUGCUCUCCGCAUCGUUUAAAACGCUGGUCUCAAGAGAAAACAUAAAUCGUUUCCUAUGGAUGGACAUCGAAUAUCUCCAAGUUUGUAGUCGUGGAAGGUUGAAUGCAGCAGAAAAUGAAUUCUGGGAUGGGAUGAUUGAACAAUACCUCAAACCAUUGGAAAUCACGGAGGAGGAAACGAGACGAAAUGUUGCCAAUUUAGCCAGUUUAAGAAAUCGGAUAGCCUCCUCAGUUCUGAUCGUCAAUGGCUUAUUGGUUUUAGCUGUAUUUCUUAUACAAAAACACAAAGAAAUACUUUCGUUCCAAUAUAAGCCAUACGAAGGUUUUGAGUGGUUAAAGUUGAGCAAGAAGACAGGAAAAUUUGAACUUACUGAUGAGCCAUUGAAAGUUGAACCAAUUGGACUACUCAUUAUCGCAUUUUUGCUGAUAAUCCUGGUAGUUCAGACAUGCGGCAUGUUUGCUCACAGGAUUAACACUUUGAUUGGCGUUUUCCACGAGGUUUCAAACAUGGAACAUCUCGAUUUUAUCAACAAAAACACCGAGAAUGAGAAUGAGAUCAAAGAAAAUGCUCAGCAAAUGUUUGACGCAACGCUUUAUGACAAUGCACAUGGAGCUGAUGGUUACGUCCGCAUCCAUUAUGAUACACGUACCACAUGCGGUGUACUUUACAGGAAAACUUCAGCAAGCUAGAUUGAUAUAUCGAUCUGGAGUAUCGCAAGUUACGAGACUUUAGUUCUCUUCUGCUACGUUUCUCUUCC